AUGGCCUCAUCUCAGAAUCAAUCCUCCCGGCAAGGUUCAAAUGCUUCCCGAAAGGUGUUGAUCACUGGGGUGAGCAAGGGAUUAGGAAGAGCUUUAGCCUUGGAGCUGGCUACCCACGGCCACACCAUAAUCGGUUGCUCACGCGAUCAAACCAAACUUGAUUCCCUUCAAGAACAGCUUUCUAAGUCCUCUUCAAUUCAGCAUUUCCUCUUCGCACUCGAUGUGAGAUCAAACAAGAAGGUUGAAGAAUUGGCGCAAAUUAUUGGGAAACAAAAACUUGUUCCUGAUAUCAUCGUGAAUAAUGCGGGUUUGGCUCAUGAACAAGUGAAGAUAUGGGAACUUGAUGCACAAGAUUUUGAUAACGUUAUUGAUACCAACAUCAAAGGAAUUGCAAAUGUUUUGCGCCAUUUUCUUCCACUUAUGAUGGCCACCAAACAAGGAAUUGUUGUGAAUAUUUCAUCAAGUGCGGGAAGAGAUACCCACGAAAAUUUUUCAGCAUAUUGUUCAUCAAAAUGGGCAAUUGAAGGAUUGAGCAAAUGUGUUGCGAAAGGAGUAGCAGAGGGGAUGGCAGUUGUGGCCUUGGAUCCUGGAUUCAUAUGCACAGACAUGCUCCAUUUACUCUUAGGUGAUGCAGCAACGCGAUGCCAAUCACCUCAAAAAUGGGCUGUGAAAGCAGCAACUAUGAUUCUUGAUUUCACUUCAAAAGAUAAUGGGGCAUCUCUCACGAUUGAGGAUGAAAUAUCUGCGGGAACGUUAUUAAAAACUAGUGACAUCUAAGAGGAUUUGUAACGACUUUACUAUUUUUAAGAAAUAAGAUUGUCAAUAAACGCAUGUAAUAUUACUAAGUUGCAUGAAUUUAAA